AUGGAUGUCAAAGAGAAGGUCAAAAUCGUAAUUUCCAUAGCCUCUCUUGUAGCGGCGACGGUUCUGAUCGUGUCGCAAUAUCGGCGGCGGCGCGGCAAACAGAGGAAGCAAACAUCUUCUCUAAGCUCGUGUUAUCUGCAUUCAGAACUGAAGCCACAGUUUGGUUUCAAACGUGUUCUUGCUGAUAACUCUUAUUCUGGAUUCAAACACUUGAAGAAGAAGAAGCUCGAAGAAGAUGUGUCUUCUUCUUCCAUAGAGAAACCUUUGAAUUGUCAUCCUUAUGAAACUGAGAUCAAUGUCUUGUUAGAGAAUCCUGAGAUUGAAUUUGGUUUCUUGAGAGGAGAGUAUUCAUUGGAAAUGAGUGAUUCGUAUGUUUGGGUUGAGAACGAGUCGAAGUUGAAGGAACUUGCGGAAACAUUGUCGAAAGAAAAUGUUUUUGCAGUCGAUACCGAGCAACAUAGUUUCCGGUCGUUUCUUGGUUUCACUGCUCUGAUUCAGAUUUCUACACAUGAGGAAGACUUUUUGGUGGAUACGAUUGCAUUACAUGAUGCAAUGAGUAUUCUUCGUCCUGUUUUCUCCGAUCCUCGUAUUUGCAAAGUGUUUCACGGGGCUGACAACGAUGUUCUCUGGCUUCAAAGAGACUUCCAUAUAUAUGUUGUCAAUAUGUUUGAUACUGCCAAGGCAUGUGAGGUGUUGUCAAAGCCUCAAAGGUCGCUCGCAUACUUACUUGAGACAGUAUGUGGAGUGUCUACUAACAAAUUGCUCCAGCGUGAAGAUUGGAGACAACGUCCACUAUCGGAAGAAAUGAUAUUAUAUGCCAGAACAGAUGCACACUAUCUGCUUUAUAUUGCGGAUUGUUUGGCUACAGAGCUCAAACAACUAGCCAUUGAAGAUUCAUCUAGCCCCGAUGAUAAAUUCCAUUUUCUUCUCGAGGCUAGUAGGCGGUCAAACAUGACUUGUUUGCAAUUGUACACAAAAGAAAUUGAAGAUUUUCCUGGGAAUGCGGCUGCUUCCUCACUAAUUUAUCGACAUUUAAAUGGUUAUGGAGAUAACUCUACCAUCUCUGUCGAUGCAGAGUUUCAGGAGUUUGUAAGAGAACUUUGUGCAUGGAGAGACUUAAUGGCACGAGUUCAUGAUGAAAGCACGCGAUAUGUGUUAUCUGACCAAGCUAUUGUUGCUCUUGCUAAGAAGCAACCAACUACAACUGAAGAUAUAUAUGAUGCAAUAGCUCAAGCUGAUUUGGCUAUUGAGUCUUCUCCGAGCAUGAGUUUCUCAAAUCAGUCCCCAUCUGAAGUUGUUUGUAGUCAUUUGGAUGAUGUAUAUCAAAUGACUCAGGACAAGUUGGUUAAGCUGGAUGCUAUUUUACCAGCGGUUCUUCAGAAAUGCUUGGGAUCAAAUGGAACCUGUCCAAUUUCUAUCUUCAACUAUUCCCUUUUGGUAAAUUUCAAGACGAAACUAACCAGCCAUUCUGCUCCAAAGCAAAAUAGAGAUAAGAAGUUGAAGCAAUUUACUCGGAAGGCAUCAAGAGAGAUUUUUGUAAAGAAAUUUUCUUGCAAAGCUCCCGUUUAUCACAAUUGUAGAAUAUACGCAAAUGAUGGACGAUUGUUAUGUUAUUGCGAUAGAAGAAAACUUGAAUGGUACUUGAAUCGCGGUCUUGCGAAACUAGUUGAAGAAGUUCCACCAGCAAUAAUGCUUUUGUUCGAACCCAAAGGACGUCCAGAAGAUGAAGGAAAUGAUUUUUAUAUCCAGACUAAGAGGAAUAUAUGUGUUGGAUGUGGGGAAGGGAAUCACUAUCUGCGUUACCGGAUAAUACCUUCGUGCUAUAGAGUUCAUUUUCCAGAACACCUGAAAAGUCAUCGAUCCCACGAUAUUGUUCUACUUUGUGUGGAUUGCCAUGAAGUUGCGCAUGCUGCUGCAGAGAGGUACAAGAAACAAAUCGCUACAGAAUUUGGAAUUCCUCUGUUUGUUCGUAGAGUACUCGAUUCAAAAGAAGCACAAGGGACAUCAUCUUCAAUGGAGCAUGAAUCAACUGAAAACUGUGAAGAUGCAGGCGUCUCUCCAUUACAUCUUAGAACAGCUGCAAUGGCGCUCUUGCGUCAUGGGAACCGAAUGCCAUCAACUCGCCGUGAGGAAUUGUUGCAGACUGUCAAGAUUUACUAUGGUGGACGGGACGUAUCCGAAGAAGAUUUGGAAAGAGCUUUACUCAUCGGGUUGAGCCCUCACGAGAGAAGAAAACUCGAAAGAAAGAAAGGAGUCUCCCUCAAACAUUCUAUUGAAGCUUCUCAUAACAACGGUAACCAUAUGAUAAAUAGUGAUACUGAUGCAAACAGCUUAAUGUCUUCAGUUGAAAAAGAAGGUGUGGAAGUUCCUGCAGGUUCUGAGAAAGAUAUGAAUGCAGAAAGCAGCAUCGUUGUUGAUGGUACAAGUGGGGGAGAUGGAGUAACGGAGCUAAAUGAUACUCAAUGUAACGGAAAUAUGGUGCACCAACAGAACUCGAAACUCUCUUUGCUAGGACAUGGACCGCACGGGAAACAGAUUGUAGAGUAUCUAUUAAGGGAAUAUGGAGAGGAUGGCGUUCGAGAUCUCUGCCAAAGAUGGAGAAAAGUCUUUGUUGAUGCUGUUCAUCCUCGCCAUUUGCCUGGUGGCUGGAAUGUUAGUCACAGUGGCCGAAGAGACUUUGGCGAAUUCAGCGUUUAUAAUCCUACAAAGAGAAUAUCUGCCGAGUAA